CUUUUCAUCUUGUUCGAAAAAUAAAAUUUCUCGGAAAUCUGUGCCGAAAAAGGAAAUAAUGCCCACAAAUCCCCACGCGCUUCAUCUUUGGGCCCAGGCCUCCUCAACAGUUAACGUCAUUUGACAUGAGGAGGUUGGGGCGAGUGCGCCAAAUUCAGUUGCCAAACAGUUGUCAAACGUCCUUUGUUUUGUUCCAGUUAUUUCGCUAGAUAAUUCUAAAAAAUGUCCAGUGCAUUACCAAUGGUCUUUCAGACCGAUAUUCUACCCUAUGAGGAUCGUUUUUCAGUGUAUCAGACUGAGAUCCUGGGUGAGUGUGGAACGAUGCAAGUUUCUUCUCGAAUCAAGAAAUACGUUGCACAGAAAGUGAACCCCGGUGGAUGGAAGGCCAUCUGGAGGAGUACACCAACCAGUAAUGGCACUAAACAGGCCUUUGAUGUCGUUAUAGAGGUCAAUAAUGUCAACGUUGAUGAUAUGACAGCUGACAUUACCAUAUGUGAGCCGGUAGUAUGUCAAUCACCAUGCAAUAAUCCACAAMUGAAAAUAGAAGUGGCCAACCAAAAACUAAGCAAUAAUAGCAACGCUGUACCUAUAGUAGAACUGUUUCCUGUGUAUGACGAGUCAGGGGAGAAUGAUGAUACGGCACUUGCAAUUGAGCAUGUCAGGUUCUUUUAUGAUCACAUUUGGCGUGAAUGGGAUGAGGAUGAUGACAGUGAUGGUAGCUAUACAGCCCGCUUCUUAGAGACCCGACUGAGACUUUACUAUGACAUGCAGGAUGGAACGCUGCCGAGAGAGCUCAUCAAGAAAUAUAGAGAGACGUAUGAACAGUACAAGCUUAAGCUGGCAGAACUUGAACAACUAAGAAAACAGAUGUCAGCAAGUGACUCAGAACAAGAACUGGAUGACCUGGAUGUUCUGAAAUGUGCUCAAAAGACAGAAGAAUGCAACACCCUCGUUAACUCCUUGCAGAUGAUGGAAAACCCUCAGAUGAGGUAUUUGCUGGCUGCCGUCUCGCCUUCUGCUAAGGCUGCUCUGCGUAAACCAAGGGGCCCCAGACCUGAAGGAGAGUCUCCUGUUACAUUUAUCGUUACAUCAAAGAUGACAGCUGGCAUGGUCAAGUCUCUACCAGACGAAACAAUCAUUGAACACUACAAACAUCUUGCUGAAGCUUUGGAAGUGUACCAUGAAGGAGACUUGAUCCUUGUCCACCCAGGAACCUAUGGUCUGGAUGGCACGGUUAAUCUAACAGACGCCGUUCACAUCACUGGUAUUGGUGAUUCGAAUAGAAUUCUAGUUUUAUGUGAGGACGAUGAAGACUUUUCCAUCGAUUGUCAUGCGCCAGGUAUACAGUUCAAGAACAUGACGUUCGAGCAAGAAGGUGAAGGGGGACCACAAGGUAUGCUGGUGAUCAAACAAGGGGACACGACUCUAGUAGACUGUCAGCUAAAAUGUGGUAUAGCUGGUAUAACAGUCAAGAAUGAAGGGAACUUAGUAAUGAAGAACUGUAAAGUUUAUGAUGCAAAGUCCACAGGUGUAGUUGCUCAACCCAACAGCACCAUACAGAUAGAAAAAUGCGACUUCCACAACUGUGGACAGGACAACAGAGACUCUAAAGAAGGAUUCAACUCUUCAGCUGCCGUCCAACUCCAGCAAGACUCUUCUAACAAACCUAAAGCCACUCUAACUGACAACUCCAUUCACAAUAAUAGCGGCUAUGGGGUGUGUGUGGUCCGAAGUGUUAGCGACCCUGAUGAGAACCCUGAAUGUUCCGUCAAUUUGGAUGUAACAGCAAAUAAGUUCAGAGGGAACGAGUUUGGUGAUGUUGGGCACCUUUACCUCGACACAAGCAUUUGAGGAAAUCAAUAAGUAAUGUAAAAUAAAUUCACAAUAUACCCUUUAAGCUUGGGCGUAAUGCUUUCCCAUUUCGGACCACGUGUUUCCUAGUGUAUAAUUUACUGUACUUAACCGUACUUAACUUAACGCGUACUUAACUUUAACCGUUGCAGAGGUCGGUAAACAAAAGCAAAAAUUAGAAUAACUAAACAAGCAACCUCUUUGAUUCGAGGCUAAGCCCGCAUACACUGGAGUUUUAAGAGUCGUCAAUAUGAAUACAACUCAAAAUAGUUAUCUGAUUAUCAAGAAAAUGGUCUGAAAUAGGAAAACAUUAUGCUCGAGAUAAACUCAAUAUAAUAAAUGAAUGGAAAUGAUAGAAGGAAAAAUGAAAUGUAUGCUUUCCACCUCUUCAAAGAAACUUUGAUAAGCAUUUGAAUAAUAUUGGUGCAAUUGUAGAAUAUUAAAUUAAAAUUGAAAAAAAAAACAUUGAAUGCAUGUUGCUGAGCGACUGAGCUGAGAAUGUAACAGUAUCUCAGGGGUCAAAAUGAAACUAUAUAGGGAUAUUUAACAAUUAUUCGCCGAAGGUGAAGUGAUUAUCGGGAAAUAUUUACCGAGACGCGAGUCUUCGAGCGGCGAGGUAAAUAUUCCCCAAU